AUGUCUGGCUUGAGGAUAUUAGUGCCCGUCAAGCGGGUCAUUGACUAUGCGGUCAAACCCCGGGUAAACCGCACGCAAACCGCCGUCGAAACCGCAAACGUCAAGCACUCGAUGAAUCCCUUUGACGAACUCUCCAUCGAAGAAGCGGUCCGCAUGCGCGAAAAGAAAGCGCACCACGCUAGCGCCCCCGCCGUCGAAGACAUUGUCGCUUUCUCGGCUGGCGUCGCAAAAUCGCAAGACAUCCUCCGCACAGCCAUGGCCAUGGGCGCCGACCGCGGCAUCCACGUUGUGGUGGAAGAAAAAGACGCCCUCGAGCCCCUCGGCGUCGCAAAGCUCCUCCGCAAAGUCGUUGAGGAGCAAAAAAGCAACCUCGUUAUCCUCGGCAAACAAGCCAUCGACGACGACGCCGGGCAAACUGGACAAAUGCUCGCGGGCCUGCUGAACUGGCCGCAAGCCACACAGGCGUCCAAAGUCACCGUCAAGGACCAAUCCGUUGAGGUGGUACAGGAGGUCGACGGCGGUGUGCAGACGAUCAAAGCCAAGCUGCCAAUGGUUAUCACAACGGACUUGCGACUCAAUGAGCCGCGCUAUGCUAGUUUACCGAACAUCAUGAAGGCGAAGAAGAAGCCGCUUGAGAAGAAGAGUCUGAGUGAUUAUGGGCUGGAUACCGAGGUUAGGCUGAAGACGGUCAAGGUCGCGGAGCCCGAGCCGAGAAAGGGUGGUGUCAAGGUUGAGGAUGUGGAUGGUAUGAUCAGCAAGUUGAAGGAACUUGGGGCUUUGUAA